GUUGUAUGGAAAUGUUAUCAUCGAAAUUGUCGAUCCUUUAAUAAUUUUUAUUCGAGUCUUAUAUGAUUUUAUAAUCAUAGAAAUUGUUAAAAUAUCAAGGAAUAAAACCUGCUCAGUUGAUCUUGUUAACCUUGUUGACAUAAAAUUCGUGACCAAAACUUUCAACAUUUUCGGGAUGGCGGAUUUGGUAAAUGAUCCGGAAUCGGCAGAUUCCUGCAGCAUAACUGAGGAGGAAGUGGAACCGAAGCUAAAAUACGUACGCCUAGCCAACGACUUGAAAAACAUCCUCAGCGAGGAAGCAGUAAGCUGUAUCGCAGUGCAUUCCAGGUUCCUUUGUCUCGGUACACACUGGGGACGGAUUCACAUGCUAGAUCAUCAGGGAAACCGGGUAGAAACGUUGAUCAACCUGAAACAGAACCUUCACAUACUGUCGGUAAAUCGGAUUUCGGUGGACAGCGUGGGAGAACAUAUUGCUACUUGCUCCGAUGAUGGGAUGGUUAUCGUCAGUGGCCUCUACACGGAUGAAAAUAAUCAGAAACUGAACGUGGGCAAAGGGAUUAAGGCGGUGGAAUUGGAUCCAAUGCAUCACAAAUCCGGCUCGGGAAGAAAAUUUCUCAUAGGCGAUAAUAAGUUGGUGAUGUACGAGAGAACUUUUCUUAAAGGGCUUAAAUCGACCGUUUUGUGUGAAUCGGAAGGCACCGUUAGCGCUAUCAAGUGGAACAACCAAUUCGUAGCCUGGGCCAGUGCUUUGGGAGUUCACGUGUACGAUUUGAGCGAACGCUGUUCUCUUGGCCUGAUCAAAUGGGAAGAUCCGAAAGAAGGCAAACUGACGGAUUACCGGUGCAACCUAAGCUGGUCCAACGCAGCCACUCUACUGAUAGGUUGGGUCGAUACGAUAAGGAUAUGCGUUAUUCGGAAACGCAAUCCCGUGGAAGUUUCCACUAGAAAUCUUCCGGCACACAUUGUUGAUCCGAUGUCAACAUUCCAGACGGACUUCUAUGUGUGUGGGGUCGCUCCUUUGGAAAAUCACCAACUCGUGGUACUCGGAUAUCCGAAAGAAAGAGAUUCGGAAACGAAUGAGGCUUUACGUCCGAUUUUAUGUGUUCUGCAAUAUAAAGCCAGUGAUUACAUCGAAAUCUGUACCGAUAGUCUAUCUAUGAGAGGGUACCAAAAAUACAAAUGGGAUGACUACCAUUUGGAUUGCUUGAUAGAAGAGAACCAAUAUUUCAUAGUUUCUCCAAAGGAUGUUGUUGUGGCAAGUCUUUAUGAAACAGAUGAUCGGGUGCAGUGGUUGAUUGAACAUGGGAAAUUCGAACAAGCCAUGGAUGUGAUUGCCAAGAAUGGAGGCAAAUACUCCCUCAUUGCGGUGGCAAGGCUCUAUCUGGACCAUUUGCUCACCUUGGCGCAGUAUGAAGAGGCGGCCAAAUUGUGCCAGCGUGCCUUCAAGACCAACAAACAGCUCUGGGAGGAGGAGGUCUACAAAUUCGUGAAGGUAAAACAACUACGCUCGGUAAGUGACUAUCUGCCCCGCUCGGUGGAAUGUAGGCUGAAUCCACACGUGUACGAAAUGGUUUUGUACGAGUACUUGCAACUCGAUCCAGAGGGCUUUCUAAGGCUCAUCAAGGAGUGGCAACCGGGUUUGUACAACACCAAAGCCGUGAUCAACGCAAUAAACGAUCAUUUCAAUAAGAAGGAUGCCGAUGUAUUGCUGGAAGCUCUAGCGAUACUGUAUUCACACGAAAAGGAAUACGAUAAGGCGUUGAAGAUGUAUCUGAAAUUACAACAUAAAGACGUAUUUGAGUUGAUCAAAAAUCAUAAUCUUUAUUCCGUAAUAAAGGAUACGAUAGUUCAGCUGAUAGAACUGGACAGUGAAAAGGCCAUUACCAUGUUGUUGGAAAAGGACAAAAUUGCAGCUGAGGAUGUUGUCAGGGAAUUGGAAGAACAUGAAGAAUUUCUGUAUCGGUAUCUGGACGCUUACGACAAGAUCGAUUACUCUGGAAAGUUUCACUGGAAAUUGGUAUCUUUGUACGCAUCCUACGAACCCAGUAAACUAUUGCCAUUCCUGAAACGUUCGAAUAACUAUCCCAUUCAAGAGGCGUUUGAUAUUUGCAAGCAGCGACUUUUCUACCCUGAGAUGGUCUAUCUACUGGGUCGGAUGGGGAACACUCGAGAGGCUUUGUCCAUAAUCAUCCACAAACUAACGGACAUUCAGAUGGCGAUCGAAUUUUGCAAAGAACACGAUGAUAUGGACCUGUGGAACGACCUGAUCAACGAGUCCGUGGAGAAACCCUACAUAAUGACCAAGCUGCUGGACGGCAUAGCGGGAUUCAUCAACCCGGAACUGCUGGUGAACAAAAUAAAAAAAGGUCAAGAUAUUCCGGGACUCAAGAACUCCAUCAUCAAAAUGCUGUGCGGGUACAGUUUGCAGGUUUCGAUACAGGACGGGUGCAAUCAAAUCCUCGUUUCGGACUAUUUCGACAUGCACGAACGUCUGUCAAAAGUUCAGCACAGGGCACUGUGCGUAACCCCGGAAAACACCUGCGGCCUAUGCCGGCGCGAUAUCAUAGUUAAAGAUCAUCUAAGAACUGACGUAGUAGUAUUCAAUUGCAGGCAUUUUUUCCACGAAAACUGUUUACCGGACAAGUACAACGUAGACUUUUGUACGGUGUGCAAGUCGACGAACCAGUAACGUUGCGUCGCUGCUAGAGUUAGUGGUAGAAAAGAUAUAAUCGUGUGUAUAAACAAAUUCGUAACCGUUUAUAAUAUAAUGUUCCGUGAUCAGUUAAGCAAAAAACGAUUCUAUAUUUUAGCUUUUUGCUGUUUUUCUGUUUGAGAGUUUGCUUAUUUAUUUUUUUUUAUACAAAUGCGAUAAUAAAACAA